AUGGCGACUACCUUCCUCAUUCUUUCAGAUACGUACGACGAUGCCUUCCCCGGCCCAGCGUCGCUCCCCGACAAGGUCGACGUCGUGCUCCAAUUUGGCGCCUGCAUUUGGCGCAUCGGGCGGUGGGGGCUGCGGUUGAGGGACCCCGACCGCAGCCAUCGCGGCGCCUCGAAAAACACGCGUUCCGGGUAA